AUGGCAAGACCACGAAGGACUGAACCCAUAGUAGAGGAGGCUUCUUCUUCUCCGGAACAACUUCUUAAUCAACCUAAUGAUCAACUACCCGAGCAACCUCAACAGCAGAAUAACGAGGUUCUACUGACGCAAUUACGACAAGUAGUGGCUGAAGUCGUGGAAGAAAGGCUUAAGAAGUUGGAGGAGGAUAUGAUGGGAAAAAGAAAUUCAGAGAUCAGACCAGAGGAAAACCCAGUUGAGAGUAAGAGUGUGGGUGACUUGCAGUCUAGAGAGCGAGGUGCUCCAAGUACUGAGAGCGGGAAAGAAACGGUCCAACAAACCCCGCUAGUGGAUGUUUCAAUGAAAACAGUAUGGAAAGAUGUGAGCCGUCAUAAUCCCCCGAGAUUUAAGGGUGACAUGAAUCCAGUUGAGGCUGAAGGUUGGAUUGAUAAACUGGAGACCAUUUUCAGAGCUGCCCCUUGCAUUACUCAGCAUAAAGUGCAAGUAGCUAUUGUGCUGUUAGAGGGACGAGCUAAGCGCUGGUGGGAAAGUGUGAGCCCAGCUGAUGACUCACAAGUUACUUGGAAUGAAUUCAAGAGGAUGUUCUUCGAUCACUAUUUCCCACCUGCCCUACGUCAAGACAAGGAAUCAGAGUUCUUUGCCUUGCAACAAAACAAUAUGCAUGAAGAUGACUUCAUUGCUAAGUUUAUAGACUUGUCCAAGUAUGUGACAUUGUUGCGGAGGGAUGAGGACUCAGGGUGGAUGGCUAGGCAAUUACGAGAAAGAGCUAGACCAGACUUGAAGCAACAACUGGCCCUGGUUCCAGUGACUGAUUUUGGAGAUAUGUGUACCAACCUUCGAGUUGCAGCUAGGCGGACUCGUGAGGCUGAGGAAGCUCGUAGAAGGGAUUCUCAAGGGCGGUUUUCCUCAUACCUUGGACCAAGUGGAGGGAUUAGUAAGAGAAAUAAUACGGCAUAG